UGACCUUUAAAUAACAUUUUUGCAUGUCAUCAAAUUCAAAGCGAAUAUUGAAUAUUGGUCUGUGUGGUGUCGGUGAAUACCGUUCAUGUUCAUUUUGUAGAUGUAAUUAAAAUACAAUUGCGAUGACAUUUUGUAGUUAUGCGUGUUGUUGUUGUUGUUGUUUCAAAUGGAAACGUCAGAAAAAUGUUGUGUUUGUUCUUGUAUGAAUGCCGCACAUGUUUUGUUACAAUUAAAGAUUAUUUCAAUUCAUGCGAUGAAAUUCCUUCAUUUUGUACGCAUUUUUAUAUGCACUGAUGGGUCACCGAUGCGAUUCGAUAUUAUUCGUUGAAAUCCAAAUUGUUUUGUAGUGGACGGAAGGAUAUUCCAAUUUUGCAACUGCGUUUCUCCGGCAAAAACAUCUGUUCUAUUUUCGAUUUUAUAUCUUCAUCUUGUUGUGAAAUUACAUUUUUGAAAUACACACAACAUUAUAUUGACUAGCCGCAUUCUAAAAAUAUCACAAUCCGAGGCAUGUGCUCGGUUGUCUGUAGCCAAUUUGUUUUGUCUGGUCAGCUCAUAAGCCGAUAUUUCCGAACGCAUCCGAUUGUUAAAAUAUUCAGUUCAUAUUGUCGGUCCACAUAACAAUUUUCAGAGAUAUGAUAUUGGUCACUGAAAAUUGCCAUCAUUUAUUGAACCAAAGAAGAAAGAAUCAUUUCGAAGAAAAGCGGAUGAAUGAUUUAAAGAACACAAAAGCCAGCCGCUGAUUUUCUUUACCUAAGUGAAGACACCGGUAGUUGAAUUUGUUUAAAGAAGCUUGUCAUCAUCGAGAAGAAGAAAUUAGAAACAGCAGAAGAAGAACAAAAUGUUGGAAAACUGGCAAAAAGUGUCUUUUCUGUUGUGUAUCUAUGGAUUUGUACGUGAGUUACGUCCAUCGGAGCCGUUUGCUGUGGAAUUUUUCAUCAAUUACCGGAACGUCACCAACGAUGAAUUGACAAAUUACUAUUUUCCCCUCGGUACCUAUUCGUAUAUGUUGCAGUUGAUUGUCACUUUCUUAAUUACCGAUAUAAUGAGAUACAAGCCGAUUAUAGUGUUUGCUGCAUUCAUGGGAAUGUUGUUGUUCGGUUUGUUGGCAUGGACAUCAAAAGAUUUCAUCCCCAUUGCGCAAGUAUCGUACGGAACGUUCAUGGCUUGCGAAAUUGCCUACUACACAUAUAUUUAUGCAAAAGUGGAACGCUCCAAAUAUCAAUUAGUGACGGGGCACACGCGAGCUUCAAUUCUCACUGGCCGAUUUAUCGGCUCCGUACUCUCACAAUUGCUCAUCUCAUUUGGUUUGAUGAAUUACGAGGAAUUAAAUUACAUUUCGUUCGGAUCUCAAUGUGUUUCGCUGAUAUUUGCGCUUCUGUUGCCGUCAGUAAGUGUUAGUUUGUAUUUUUAUUCGAACACAGGCGAGAAUGUGAAUGCGAAUGCGAAUGGAAAUGGAAAUGUUAAUUGUCACGUAAAUCUUGCGCAUACAAAUGAUGAUGUGGAUGAAAAGCAUUUGAUGAAAAUGUCAGCCAUGAAUGGCGACGACGGUGGUGACGGCGUCAAAAACCGUGACUGUGAUUCGAGCACCAUCAAAAAAUCGAAUUCCAAACCAAAUUGCGAUGCAAGCAGAGGCGAAAUGCCAGCAACAUUUUCAUUAACAUUGGCAAUCCAGCGAAUUGUCAACCACAUAAGAACAUCAUACACGAAUACGACCGUGAUUCAGUGGAGCAUUUUGUGGGCGAUGUCAAUGUGUGGAUUUCUGCAAGUUCAAUCGUACAUUCAGCCGUUGUGGAAAGAAAUCGAUCCGGCGGAAACGGUGCUAUACAACGGAGCAGUGGAAGCGUUAAUCACACUCCUGGGAGCGAUAGCAGCAUUUAUGGCCGGUUUCUUAAAUAGCAAAAGUUUCAAUCGAUAUGAAAUUUGGAUUUUAACCAUUUUAAUGCUUGUCGAAGGCAGUUUACUUUUGUGGGCCGCACUAACAACAUCUUUAUGGUGUUGUUACGGUAUGUACGUGAUAUUCGGUAUGAUUUAUCAAUUUAUGAUCACCGUCGCCAGUGCGUCGGUUGCAAAGAAAUUGCAUGAAGAAUGCUUUGCCCUGAUAUUUGGCAUAAAUACACUAAUCGCAUUGAUUUUACAAUCAUUGCUUACCUUCAUUGUGAUCACCAAAUACAAUCUGAUGCUACGUACUCAAUAUCAACUCUAUUCGUACGUAUUUUUUACGCUGGCAACGAUUUAUGGUGUGACGGGUGUCGUCAAACUCCUUUUCCAACGGAGAAAAUCUUAUUCACUCAAGUGUUAGCUGUUAGCUUAUGAUCAUCUACUUAGCCAUUUUCGUAUUUGGGAUAUUGAUUUUCGAAUAUCUAUCCAUUGAACCAUUACAUUUGUGAAGAAAUAUCACACACAUGUGUGUAUGUGUGAGAAAGAGAUAUUAGAUAUAUAUAUAUAUGUAUAUAAUACCAAAUCUUCUGAAUCGGAUUGAGAUGAAUUUCAAUCAAAAUUUGAUUGUAAAUGCCUCAAAAACAAAUGAACGAAGGAAAAAAAACACAUAUAAAAGACACAAUCAAAAUCGAUGUUCGAUAAGUAUAAAUCAUUUUACACAUCAAAUUUGUUUUAUAUAUAGUAUAUUAACUUCGGUUUUUGUAUCAAUAAGAAAAGGAAGAAGAAGAAAGAUUGAACCACUGGAAAUAAAAUAGAAGAGAAAAAUGAAAAAAAAUGACAAGAAAA